ACUCGUGUCUUUCUUCUUUUCUAAACUGAUUCACUCAUUAUUCAACAUUGGUUUUUAAAGAGAAAACAAUGGAUUCCAGUUCUGGUAUUGAUCUGGAGCCCAAUAUUCUCAGACAUUUGCAAACGAAAAAAGUAGAAGAACGAAUUGAAGACUUGAAUAAUCAAAUUUGGAUUGAAGAUGAUUUAUAUGGUUAUCGGAUGGUCACAGUAAUUGAUGAAGGUCUUUCUGAUUUAUUGGUUGGAUUUAGGGAUGAACAAGGAUUCUUCGAAAAGAAACGAAUUGAAAAAACGAAAUGCGAAGUACCGAGUUUAAAUAACUAUUCAGAAGAUUUAUGCACACUGACACAGCCGAAUGCAGCUACAGUACUUAAUGCACUUAAAAUAAGAUAUACUUCAAAUGUUAUUCAUACGUUUUGUGGUUUAUUUUGUGUAGUAAUUAAUCCGUGGAGAAAUAUUCCAAUAUAUUCGGAUGAAGUGAAACAAUUGUAUCAAUUACAAAAUGAUCUACCUCCACAUGUAUAUUCUGUUGCACAGAAUGCAUUUCAUGGAAUAUUGAAAGGAGGAAGAAAUCAGUCAAUUCUCAUUACCGGAGAAUCAGGAGCUGGAAAAACGGAAAACACAAAGAAAAUUAUUGAUUUCAUAUUGAGCUCGAGUGUUUCAAAUAAUACAAUUGGAGAUUGUGUUGUGACAAGUGGAGUACUUCUAGAAGCAAUGGGAAAUGCACGAACUACUCAUAACAGUAAUAGUUCUAGAUUUGGAAAGUUCAUACGAAUCGAGUUUGACGAGAACUCCAAGUUGAUCGGUGCAAAAAUUGAAUGCUAUCUUCUUGAAAAAUCUCGAGUAGUAUUUCAAAGUGAUGGGGAUCGAAAUUUUCACAUUUUCUAUCAAAUGCUAUCGAAUUACUUUGACAAUCCACACAAAAGUUUUCUGAAAUUAUCUAAAAAAGUUAAUGAAUACAAAUAUCUUCGGAAUGAUGACUCAAUGAUUGACGAUGCUGAAACUGCAAAAAUGACAGAUGAAGCAUUUACAAGAAUUGGUUUGAGCGAAGAAGAGAAAAUAUGGAUAUUUCAAAUUUUAUCAGCUGUUUUAUGGAUUGGUGAUAUUAAAUUUGGAGAACGAUCUGGUCUUGAUGUUUCUUUUGUGGAAAGUAUGCAAGAAGUGGAUAAUAUUGCUGAAUUGUUAGAGAUGAAAAGUUCCAAGUUGGUAGAUGCACUUACUCAGCCAACAAUAAAGGUUCAUGAUAAACUUAUCAGGAAAAAUCAAAAUUUGGCAAAGACUCUUAGCUCAGCAUCAGCUAUGGCCAAAAUUCUGUACGAGAGACUAUUCGGAUGGAUUGUAAAAAGAUGUAACGAUGCUUUUUCAGUCGAUGAUACCGAAAGCACUUGCCGACUCAGCCGUUUCAUCGCUGUUCUAGAUAUUGCUGGCUUUGAAAUAAUUGAGAAAAAUUCUUUCGAACAAUUUUGUAUCAAUUAUACAAAUGAGAAACUUCAACAAUUCUUCAAUCAUUUCAUGUUUGCGAAAGAACAAAGUGAUUAUUUGGAAGAGGGUAUUAAAUGGACCCAAGUCAAUUUUGCUAAUCAUCUUCAGCCAACAAUCGAUUUGAUUGAAAAGCCAAUGGGAAUUCUUUCGUUUCUCGAAGAAGAAUGUGUUGUUCCAAAUGGAUCAGAAAAAUCGCUUCUCGAAAAGCUCUGCUCAAAUCUCUCAAAUGAUUCAAGUUUCAAAAAAUCAAAGCAAACUCAGAAAUGUUCGACAAUUCGCCAUUUUUAUGUUCAACAUUAUGCAGGAGAGGUUCAUUAUAAUAUUGAUGGGUGGCUGGACAAGAAUCGGGAUAACGUUGAGACAUCAGUACUUGACAUUCUUUCACAAUCCACGCAUCCUUUGCUGAAACUUCUAUUCCCGCCAGUUCCCGUCAACAAUCUGAAAACAAGACGUGGCACAAUUACUAAUUCUACAGUUUCAUUCUUAUACAAAAAUCAAUUGCAAUGUCUCCUGGAUACUCUCAACAGCUCUUCUGCUCAUUUCAUUCGUUGCGUGGUUUCGAACUAUGAAAAACUCCCCGGCAAAAUUGAUGCUCCUCUUGUUCUCGCACAGUUAAAAUGUAAUGGAGUGUUGGAAGGAAUCCGAAUCUGCCGGGAAGGUUAUCCGUCUCGUCUUUCACAUUCUGAGUUUAUUGAAAGAUAUUCACUUUUAAUGAAAAACAAAGAACAAUCAAAGGGAGCAAGUGAAAAGGAAAAAUGUACAUUGAUAUGUCAAGAUGCACAAGUUCGAAAAGAACGAUAUGCUGUCGGAAAGACGAAAUUAUUCUGUAAAGUUGGAGUAAUUUCUGAAUUAGAAACAAAGAGAAAUAACUACAUUUCUUCUUUUAUUAUUCUAAUUCAAGCAAAUAUUCGAUACUUGAAUAUUCAAAAAGAUUUGAUCGAAAGAAGAAAGAAAUUGGAAGCAGUUGUAACAAUUCAAGACAACGUCAGACAAUUCGCAGAGUUAUCACAAUGGCCGUGGUAUCGGAUUUAUCAUUUGACAAGAGGUCUGAUACCCAGAAAUAGAGAUAAGGAAAGAAUUGAAGAGCUGGAAAAUGAAAAAUUAAAGUUGGAAGAGGAAAUUCAGGAAAUGGAAAUUAAAAAUGAAGAAGCAUUGAAAGAAAACUUAAAGUUGAGCAUGCUAUUGGAUAGAGAAAAAUCUGAAAAAGUCAAAGUACAGAAGGAAUUAGAAGAGGUAGAAAAACAAGGUCGAGAGAAACUUCUUGAAAAGGAGCGAGAGUUUCGAAAAACAAUGGAGGAAAUGGAGCAGAAUGAAGAGAUUUUCAAUGUUUUAGAAAGAAAGUACAAUGAGCAACACAAGAAAGUUAUGAAAAUGAACGACGUUCUCCGUGAAUACGAACGCAAAAUUGAACAAUUGAAUAUGGAGAAAACUGAUUUGGAAAAUGAAAAUCAGAAGUUGAGAGAAACACAAAAUCGUCAGGAUUCUCAUUAUUCAAAUCUUGAAAAGGAAGUAAUGGAAAAGUCGUCGUUGAUUGAUGAACUUCAGAAUCAAAUUCAAAAACUUUCCGAUGAAAAUAAUGAACAGAGACUAACAAUUGCAAAACUAGAAACCGCAUUGGAAGAUGAAAAAGCAAGAUUUGCUCGGCAGAACAACACGAUUGGAGAUAUGCAAAAGUUAAUAUCAGAACUGAAUGAAAAAAUAGCCCGAUUCGACAAUAUUGCAUUGAACGAGAGAAAUUCCACUAGAAAAAUUGAACGAGAGAAGGAAAAGUUGAAUGAAGAGCUGACGACAGCCAAAGAAAUAAUUCAAAAACAGGCGAAGAAAAUCGAUGAAUUGAAAGAAGAAUGUCGAAAACGAAAAAAUGAAGCGUCUCGUUUAGAAAGAAAAUUGGAAGAUAAAGAAGCAAUGAUGGCUGAUUGUGUUAAAGAAUUGAAAGAUAGUCACAAGGAAAGACUCAAAGAAAUGGAGCAAAAAGUUGAAGAUGUGAAGAGAAAAAACUCAAAACUGGAAAAUGAGAAUUCAACUCAAAAAAGUCAGAUUGAGACUUUCCAAAGAGAAUCGAGUGUUGAUUCAGACUACGGUAGAUCAAGUUCAGGUAGACUCUCAACAUUGGGAAGACAGUAUUCUCUUACUUCAAUUGGUUCGUUUUCAUCAAUUCGUACUGUUGGUUUGGGUAGCAGAAAGGAUUCAAUAUCUGAUAUGACGUCAUCGAUGUAUUCGUUGAGAAGACGAGACUCCACGUAUGACAUGACAUCAUCAACUAUUGGAUUGCAAAGAUCUCCGUCAACAUCACAGGUUAUGGAAAAAGAGAGAAGAAUUUUGGAAUUGGAAAAAGAGAAGGCGGCAAUAAACACGGAUCUACAAUUAGUGAAGCGAGAGUUGGAUGUUUAUAAAUCACAGUUAUCAGCUGUUGAAUCGGAAAAAGAAUCACUUCAAACGGCAAAUCGAAAGCAAUCAAAUCAACUUCAAGAAACAACACGCCAGCUGAAUUCAGCUCAAAAAAAUGCAGAUAAUUUGGCACUUCGUCUGAAAAAAGCUCUGGCGGAUUGUGAUGAAUGGAAGAAAAAGCAUGAAGAAUCAAUUGUUGAGAGUAAAACUGAAAUAUUAAUGGAAAGAAAACGAGCAAUGGAUAGAGCAGAAGCAUGUGAAAAAGAAACUGAACUAAAACAGUCACGUAUGGCAACAAUUGAAAGUGCACGAAUGGAAUUAGGUGGAGAAUUGGCAAGAACUCAAUCGGAAUUAGAUAGAUGUCGACAGAUUAUUAUACAGUUAGAAGAGAAUUUGAAGAGUCAAGAGUCAUUGGGAAAUAGUUUUGGAAGACAUCAAACUAAUUUGAAUUUUGAGAUUGAAAACUUGAGAGAUGAGAAUUGUGCGUUGAAAGCCAAAAUUCGAAGACAAUACAAACAAAUUGAGUUGCUCACUCAACAAGACGAAACAAAUGAUGAGCUGAAUCAUUUUGAAAAUAAAGUUGAACGGCUUCUUUGAGUUUAUGUUCUUUUUAUUCAUUUUUAAAGAAAUUGUUUUCCUUGUUAUCUAUUUUAUAUACUUAUGUUAACAUGUAGUUCCCUCAUACCACCGGUGUUCAAUAAAUUUGUUUGUGUU